UAUAACGCGCACUGCUUCACGCAAAGAGCUCCUUGAGAAGCAUUAGCAAUAAUCUCAAGACAAACAACAAUUUUGGAAAUGAUGUCCGACAAUUUGGUGAAGACCAGAAAGGCCGGUCGGAGGGCUGACCAACCAAAGCCUCCCCACUCGUAUAUUGCGCUGAUAACAACAGCGAUCCUCAGCUCACCGAGAAAGAAGCUGACACUCACUGAGAUCAACGAGCACUUGGUGGAGAACUACGAGUUUUUCCGCGGAGCUUACCAAGGCUGGAGGAACUCGGUAAGACAUAAUCUGUCGUUUAAUAAGUGCUUUGUAAAAAUCUUGAAGGAUCCGUCGCGGCCUUGGGGCAAGGAUAAUUACUGGACAGUGCUGCUUGAUUCACUAGAAGAAUAUGUCAGCGAAGAUGGCAAUUUCAGAAGAAGAAGAAAGCGUCAACCAAAAGAAAAGGAGAUUGCUUUCAUAGACGGACGUGAAAGCAAAGUGCAAGCGCGAGACGCUAUCAGCAAGACGUUAAGAUCUGACAUUGAUAACAACCAUAUCAAGUCCAACCCAGAAGUAUUUUCUCAAAGCAAGGGAAAUAUCGAUCUUAAUAGGUUCUCCAUAGACAGAUUGCUGAGGAAUGAAAACAGAGUUCGAAACGACGAAAGAUUUGGUCAUCAGAUGCUUGCUGGCGUCAAAUCAAGAUCGCAAGGAAACACAGCACAGGGAUUUUAUAACCCAAGCUUUCUAGACUGUCAACAUGAUGUAUGGGAACGAAGAGUCAGUCUCUUCCCUGACCAGCCGUGCUACCUUGGACAGACCACGCCCUACGGUUCGCCAUCUUGGAUUCACGUGGAUUCGUCUCAUCAAAACAAAAGAUUUUAUCCCUAUCUUCCCAGAAGCCAAGCUGUAACAUAUCCAUAUUGUAUUUAAUACAUAUUUGCUCGAAUUACGAAUUUCGAACUAAGUUUUGAAGCGGCAUCGGACAUAAAGAUGGAAAGCGAACUCUAUUCUCCUUGACUUACCCAAAUUUUCAUUCACUGAAUUCCGUAAUGGAUCAUUGCGUUUUUUUUUUUUUUUUCUUCUUUUUUUUGCAGCGUAGACUGUGGUACGGGAAUUGUCACUCUGUCAAACGGUGGGUUACCGAGUUUCUACCUAACCGUAUUUUAAGCGUUGGAAACUUCAGAGAGCUGGAAACUACUAGUUAUCCAUAACUAAACGUGUUGAUCAAGCCAUUUGAAAAUUGGGGAAAGUUUAAAUGUUGUUCAUAAUCUACAAUAAGUUUUUUUAAAGUUUGGCCUCAAGAGGCUUCAAAUCAAAGUUAGUGCGCAGUUAGUGUUAUUAUUCCAUAGCCAACGACAAAAGCGACCGAAGAAAACUUUGCAACUGUAAGAAAUUGGCUUCUGUAAGUUUUUUUUUUUCGUUUAAAAUAAAGACACAGGAGUUGAGGUGACCGUGAAGAAGAGCUGAGUAGUUGUUUUUGUUUGUCGAGAAGAGAAGUCCGAAAGUUGUCGACUCAGACAUGUAACUCAACAGUAUACGUACAUAUAAUUUUACGGUCUUUUCAGCACUUUUUUUUCUUGUUUGACAACAAAAUCA